GUUUUCUGCCGUAUGGUGCGAAUAUUACUGACGUAUGACGCACGUACCUAAGUUCCACUUAUCCACAUUUUGUCCUUUUCUUGGCUGAAGGCAGCAGUUUUUACCAAAUCGAUCGAGUUGUAAUGUUGGCAUACUUGUUCUAAUUGCUGUUAUGCCGCGUUCAUAUCACAGAUACAAGUCGAGGAGUCGAUCACUGCGUUCUAGCCAUCACAGACACAAGAGGCGACGAAGGUCUUCCAGUUCUGGUCGCCGUUAUGAAGAUAAAUAUUAUGAAUCACCAGGAAGUGACUAUAGAAGAGAGAGGUCCCUUUCCCCAGAAAGACAAAUUUUUAGAGACAAUCAUUACAAUGAUAGAAGUGAGAGUGGAUACUAUGAGAAUUAUAGCAGACAUUAUUAUCAUGAAGAAAAGGACAAAUACAAGUCAAAAGAUGAAAAUUAUCAGAGUAGUUAUCGGAAACAUAAACACAAACGACGUAAGCACCACUCACAUAGCUGUAGUUCAACGAGGAGUAACAAAGAUCAACAACGUUCUCCAAGUGUGGAAGAUGACGAAGACGGACAUCUCAUCUAUCACCAAGGCGAUUGGCUGCAAGCUAGAUAUGAAGUAGUAGGCACUCUUGGUGAAGGCACCUUUGGAAAAGUAGUCAAGUGUAAAGACCAUCAAACAGGUCAAAGUGUUGCAUUGAAGAUAAUAAAAAACAAAGAAAAAUAUAGAGAAGCUGCCAAAUUAGAAAUAAAUGUUCUUCGAAAGAUUAAUGAAAGGGAUCCAAGUGGAGAACAUUUGUGUGUAAAGAUGUUUGAUUGGUUUGACUACCAUGGACAUAUGUGCGUUUCUUUUGAAAUAUUGGGCCUUAGUGUCUUCGACUUUCUUAAAGAGAACAAUUACAUCCCAUAUAGUCUAGAUGAAGUCAGGCAUAUGGCAUAUCAAAUGUGUGAUUCUGUACUUUUUCUACAUGACCAGAAGUUGACACACACAGAUUUAAAACCAGAAAAUGUUUUAUUUGUAAAUUCUGAUUAUAGUAUCAAAUACAACCCAGAAAAAAGACAAGAUGAAAGGACAAUUAAGUGUACAGACGUGAGGUUGAUUGACUUUGGUUCAGCAACUUUUGAUUGGGAACACCAUAGUACAAUAGUAUCAACAAGGCAUUACAGAGCUCCAGAAGUGAUCCUUGAACUAGGAUGGAAUCAAAGGUGUGACAUAUGGAGCAUUGGCUGCAUUAUGUUUGAACUUUAUUUAGGCAUUACACUCUUUCAGACUCAUGACAACAGGGAACAUCUUGCCAUGAUGGAAACUAUUCUAGGACCAAUACCCUCAAAACUUAUUAGAAAAUCUAGGAAGACUAAAUAUUUUUAUCAUGGUAAAUUAGACUGGGAUGAGAAAAGUUCUGCUGGUCGUUAUGUCAGAGAAAAUUGUAAAUCAUUGAAGAAAUAUAUGACAUCAAAUGAUGAAGACCAUGUUCUUAUGUUUGAUCUAAUACAAUCUAUGCUGCAGUAUGAGCCUGACAGACGUAUUUCACUUAAAGAUGCAGUGACUCACCCAUUCUUUGACAAACUACACUGUAAAAGAGACAUGAGGGAAAGCACUAGUAGAUGAUGCUAACUAAAAUCGUAGUCAGCUUAAAUCUACCUUUUAUGUUGAUACAUUAUUUAUAGUACGUCUGUCGCCAAUUUCAGUAUGAUAUAAUGUAUGAAGGGAUCCUUAGUUGACGGAACUGUAAAUUUCGUGUAUAUUAAUUGACUUUGUGAGCCUAUUCAAAGUGGUGUAGAUUCCAUCACUACAAAAUUUUAUCCGAAUAACUGACAAUCCAGCAGCAUAAUUUCUGACUUCACUCAAAAAACAUAGUGACUGUAAUUGCCUGUAGAUAUAAAGAAUUUAUGUUGUAUAGAGAUGUUGUUUCUGUGUAGUCAAAGACUGCCACUGUCCUCAAAAGAUUAAGUGUUCAUUAUAAACUAUCUUGUCAGUUGCAAUAAAUGUAUGGUUUUAUUGAAA